CCAUUUACUAUUAGAAUCAGAGGUUGUUUUGUGAACAAAUUACUCCAAAUUAGCUUUAAAAGUUGCAAAUUAUACGAUUUCCCUUAAAGGUUUGUAAGAAAACGUGAACCUCAAGCACCCUUCCUCCCACUCUGAACCCGCUCGAGCCUCAGUCAGCCUCGCGUCCAGCUUUGACGAGUCGCCGUCCGUCAGCCUCUGUCUCCCUCCGUAUCACAUUGCAUCCAGCCACUCGCCAGGUUACUGUUAUGCCUCCAUCAGACGAAAAGGGAUUUCACAUUGGCAAGAAGGGAUCGAUAGCUCAACCUUGAAAGGAUUAGAUAGAACUAUUUGUAUUGAGCAACUCAAAAAGAAAUUAUGUUGAAUGGAUUUUACAAACGACUCCUUCCGUCACCCCCUGCAAUUGAUUUUAUUUCCAACCAUGGGAAGAAACUUUUCCUAGAAGCCUAUCAAAAUGGAACCAUGCAAGGCUUCAACAGUUUGAUUUCCCAUUUCCAAACUCAAACGGAACUUACUUAUUGUGGUCUGACAAGUCUAACCAUGGUCUUAAACUCACUUGCCAUUGAUCCUGGAAGGAAAUGGAAAGGACCUUGGAGAUGGUUUGAUGAAUCUAUGUUGGAUUAUUGUGGACCUUUGGAAACUGUCAGAGCUAAUGGCAUCUCAUUCGAGAAACUUGCAUCCUUAGGUCAUUGUGCCGGAGCAAAAGUUGAGGCAUUUCGUGCAAGCAAUAUCACUAUCGAUGAUUUUCGCAAAUAUGUCACUAAGUGUUCAACUACUGAUGAUUGUCAUAUAAUUGCAUCAUAUCACCGAGCUGCUCUCAAACAAACAGCAGGUGGGCACUAUUCUCCCAUAGGUGGCUACCACGCUGGAAAAGACAUGGUUCUUAUUUUGGAUGUUGCGCGGUUCAAGUAUCCUCCCCAUUGGGUUCCACUUUCACUUAUUUGGGAAGGCAUGAACUAUAUUGUUGAAUCAACUGGAAAAACAAGGGGGUUCUUGCUUGUAUCAAGGCCUCACAAGGAACCUAACAUGCUUAAAUAAUCUGAAAUCAAGAAGCCAGAAGGUGUGGUUCCAAGUUUAAGCACCAAUGGGAAAGCAGGUUUUGCUGACAAGCUUUACAUCAAUUUGUCAUAUGAUUUAUACGUUUAGAGACAACAGUAGUUAACUAGUUUGUUAUCCAGAAAAAAAGGGUAUUGAAAUUGUUAAUCACCUUUCAUAUAAUUCAAGGCAGAUCUUGUUUAUAGAUAGAUACAUUAUAAUGUAACCAAAAUCAAUCAGGAUUUUUCACACCUCACUAAUCAAAAUGUAUGUUUCACAUUACUACAAGCAUAGCCUCAUCUUUGCUUUGAAAUCAUUGUUUGAUCACGAACUCUCCUUCAUAUGUGAACCCACUCCGAUCAUGAUCAACUUGUUGCAUCACACCUAGAUUCAAUGUGGAAAAUUUCUCUGAUAUUGAUGUAACUCUGAAACAGAACCAGGAGCUUGUAUAAGAAGGUCACUUCCUUGGUCAGUAUACUAGUGCUGAAGAGUGUAAAAGAGAGGUUUUGAUUUAGUUGGCUUUAGGUAGUGCAGAGUGAACCAAUUCUGUUAUAGUGCAUAAAUAUCUAGAUCUAGA